CUUGCACUACUGUUGUAACUCAGCGUCCGGCCCGUAAAGAUGUUCUCCACUUCUGGUCUCGACGACAGCUGUCUGCCGACCCGGAUGCGCCUCACAGAAUGCUGGACAGCAACAACAUGGGUUCGUCAUGCAACUUAAAUACUGCGUCAGUCUCUUGUCGCUUCACUCAUUCGCUGCAACUCCAACAAAGUUCAUUCCUGCACACUGUCCUUUGCUCAAGCACGCAAGAUUCGUCAACUAUUCGAUCCAACGCAGACCGACACUUCACCACACCACCUCCCAAUAUCCCUUGCGGAUUCUGCUAGAAGCCAUGGCAUCCUCUUUCAAUCCGUAUCUUUCACAACCCAGCGUCAACCCUACUCUACCUCCAAUAGGAUCACUGAUGGAGUUGAGAAGCUACUUUCCAUGCCACCGUUGUAGCUACAGAUUUCCAGACCACAACCAACUUCGCGCGCACGAGGUUCAUUGCACGAUCGCUCAACCAACACAGCGUACCAGUCGCCAUGAUUCGAUCAACUCCAAUCACUCUAUCGCCUCUCCGAUGGAAUGGUCUGACACACGUAAAGCCCCUGCAUCAUCAUGCUCUUCAUCGGCUGCUUCAGAGAGUGACCCUUCGGAGAUCAUGUUCACACCCAAUUCUAGCAGAGCGUCUUCGGUCUUUCAACCGCACCAUGGAUCACGAAGAACCUCCCGUGCAGACGUGAAGGCAAUUCGCCGUCAACGUCGGCAUUCUCCCGAGUCACUGCUCGACGAUCAAGGGAAGAAAAUCAAGAAGACCAAGAAAGAGCAGAUCAACCGCAGCAACCAAGCUGCGGUCAUGUACCGCAUGGAGGACAUGCUGGAGCAGUACUGUGGCUGGGCCAGGAAUGAGCAAAGCGGUGGUAAUGGUAACAGUGCCGGGUUGAACGGCAACAAGAUCAACGUCCUUCGUGCUCAAGAAGCCAUUGCACUCAAAGUUAUACACGCUGCCCGUUGCCUUGCCAUUCGAUCCGGAACUCUGGCGAGCUUCGAGGCAGAGAUGCAGAGUGCUGCCGAUGCCGCUCUGGAGCCAGAUUACAGACCUGGUCACGAUACCUUUCUGGAGCUGCCUCCAGGAGAAGUGCCCUGCAGCCACGAAGAAACCAAGUCGAAGAGAUGUUCUGCACAUGACCAUCCUGACUGGCGUGAAUGCCGCAAAACCCGUGCGGCGGCGAUCAUGAGGCGCAACGAAGAUGCCUACCUCGCUUCACUUGGUAUCACACGCCAACAAGCCCUCUGGGGCUCUCAGCUCGGGUCGUCACAGCUCAGAGCUACCGCACCCACGCGUCGUCCAUCAACACUGAACAACCUAGCGUCACGAACAUCGAGCCUUCACAUUAACGGUAGCGCUCAGCAGCCCAGCACUUCCUUCCGCCGCUGAGGCCCGUGCGGCGAACAAUCUGUGACACAUUCAUUUUGGGCGGAUUCAAUCAAGCGAUUUACAUUUCAUGGGAGGCUAGCAAGCGUGGGAGGUUCCUUUGCGGAUCUCGAAACAAAAAAGUCAUCACUUUUCUCGGCGCUGAUACCCUUGGGCGGCAAGCUGCAUUACGCAUGUAUUCAUUAGCAUUUCGAACUUGUCCUCGGUUGGGAGCGUGGGAUGGUACAGCACAGUUUUUUGGACAGGUCACAAAGUAUAUACGACGAUGAUGGGUUGGGCAAAGCAGGAUUAAUUCAUGUAUCAUAGGAAGGAGCUAUUGGAGGACAUAUUUCACGAUGAUCACGACAGACGAUGACGAAGACGAAGACGAAGCGACUGUAAUUCGGCGGCUGAGAGGAGCCACUUCCGACAGAUGAAGGAAUCGGAUGGGCGUUGUAUAUGACAGACAUCGAUACCUCCUAGUCUGGUCGAGUGGAUGGCGGGAAAGUUGUUCCUGCAGCGCAUGGUCAGGCGAGCAACAGAGUGCUGUCUUGUUUGGCUGGCUGCAGGAACAGCCUACCACGACAUUUUCUCACACGCA